GUUUCCGAGACCCUUGUGAAGGGGGUCUGUUAACCUCCAUUUGGUCUAGGGGCGGCCCUCAGUCUUGGAUUUUUGCAUGGUAUCUGUCCUUAAACAGAAGGUUCGGGAUCCAGCGUACUUCAAUGGACUCCCAGGGCAUCGUGAAGGCAUUUCCCAAGCGAAAGAAAAUUCAUGCAGAUCCAUCAUCAAAAGCACUUGCAAAGAUCCCCAAAAGGGAGGCCGGAGAUGGUGGAGAAUGGCUGAGCUCUCUGAGGGCCCACGUUAUGCCCGCUGGCAUUGGACGAGCCCGGGCUGAACUCUUUGAGAAGCAGAUUGUCCAUCAUGGUGGCCAGAUAUGCUCUGCCCAAGCCCCAGGAGUCACCCACAUUGUGGUGGAUGAAGGCAUGGACUGUGAGCGGGCUCUCAGGCUCCUUAGACUGCCCCAGUUACCCGCUGGUGCUCAGCUGGUAAAGUCAGCCUGGCUGAGCUUGUGCCUGCAGGAGAGGAGGCUGAUGGACACACAUGGAUUCAGCCUCUCCGUCCCCAAUAGGUCCUUGGACCAACCACAGCCUGGCAAGGCAGGUCAAGAUGCUUCUGUUCCGGGCACCCAUGGCGUCCUACCUGGGACAACCGGCUCCCUGUCCCCUCCUCACAUUGGAGCUGGAGCUCUUCCCCUCAAGGCAGAAAAGCCACCAAGAACCCAAACCCAGCUCAGCUCAGAUGAUGAAACCAGCGAUGGGGAAGGGCCCCAGGUUAGCCCAGCAGAUCUGGAAGCCUUGAUCAGUGGGCACUCCCCCACUCCCCCUGAGCAAGAUGGUGCGCCUGACGCAGCCCCAGAAACCUUGGGCAAGUGGGUCUGUGCACAGCCUUCAAGCCAAAAGGCAACUAAUUAUAACCUGUACAUCACAGAGAAGCUAGAAGUGCUGGCUAAAGCCUACAGUGUCCAGGGAGACAAGUGGAGGGCCCUGGGCUAUGCCAAGGCCAUCAACGCCCUCAAAAGCUUCCACAAGCCUGUCAGCUCCUACCAGGAGGCUUGUAGCAUCCCGGGAAUCGGUAGGCGGAUGGCUGAGAAGAUCACAGAGAUCCUGGAGAGUGGGCAUCUGAGGAAGCUAGACCACAUCAGUGACAGUGUGCCUGUCUUGGAGCUCUUCUCCAACAUCUGGGGAGCUGGGACUAAGACUGCCCAGAUGUGGUACCAUCAGGGCUUCCGAAACCUAGAAGACAUUCGAAGCCUGGGCUCCCUGACGGCUCAGCAGGCCAUUGGCUUGAAGCACUAUGAUGAUUUCCUGGACCGCAUGCCCAGGGAGGAGGCUGCAGAAAUUGAGCAGAUGGUCCGGAGAUCAGCCCAGGCCUUCAACCCCGGGCUGCUGUGUGUGGCCUGUGGCUCUUACCGAAGGGGGAAGAUGACCUGCGGGGACGUGGAUGUGCUCAUCACUCACCCAGAUGGCCGGUCCCACCAGAGCAUCUUCAACCGCCUCCUCGACAGCCUUUGGCAGCAAGGGUUCCUCACGGAUGACUUGGUGAGCCAGGAGGAGAACGGCCAGCAGCAAAAGUACCUGGGUGUGUGCCGGCUGCCAGGGCCUGGGCAGCGGCACCGGAGACUCGACAUCAUUGUAGUACCCUACAGUGAGUUUGCCUGCGCCCUGCUCUACUUCACGGGCUCUGCCCACUUCAACCGGUCUAUGAGAGCUCUGGCCAAGACCAAGGGCAUGAGUCUGUCAGAGCAUGCCCUCAGCGCAGCCGUGGUCCGGAACAGCCAAGGUGUCAAGGUGGGGCCUGGACAGGUGCUGCCCACGCCGACAGAGAAAGACGUCUUCAGGCUCUUAGGCUUGCCAUACCGAGAGCCAGCUGAGCGGGACUGGUGACCUAGGGCUUGGGCAAGGGAAGCCCUGCUGGGCGAGCUGC